UCCCGCCCCGCGCCCGGUCCCGCCCCGGCCCGCCCGCGCCCUCCGCCGCCGCCGGCCAGGCUGCAGUCGGCGCCGCGCCGAGUGGGAGGAUGCGGCGGCGCUCGCGGAUGCUGCUGUGCUUCGCCCUGCUGUGGGUGCUGGGCAUCGCCUACUACAUGUACUCGGGGGGCGGCUCCGCGCUGGCCGCGGGCGGCGCGGGCAGAAAGGAGGACUGGAAUGAAAUCGACCCCGUUAAAAAGAAAGACCUUCACCACAGCAACGGCGAGGAGAAAGCACAGAGCGCGGAGACCCUCCCUCCAGGGAAAGUGCGGUGGCCAGACUUCAACCAGGAGGCCUACGUGGGCGGGACGAUGGUGCGCUCUGGGCAGGACCCCUACGCCCGCAACAAGUUCAACCAGGUGGAGAGCGACAGGCUGCGCAUGGACAGAGCCAUCCCAGAUACGCGGCACGACCAGUGUCAGCGGAAGCAGUGGCGUGUGGACCUGCCAGCCACUAGCGUGGUGAUCACGUUCCACAACGAAGCCAGGUCGGCCCUGCUGAGGACCGUGGUCAGUGUGCUUAAGAGAAGCCCCCCGCACCUCAUCAAAGAGAUUAUCCUGGUGGACGACUACAGCAAUGACCCUGAGGACGGGGCCCUCUUGGGGAAGAUUGAGAAAGUGCGGGUCCUCAGGAACGAUCGGCGGGAAGGUCUCAUGCGCUCCAGGGUCCGGGGUGCCGACGCUGCCCAGGCCAAGGUCCUGACCUUCCUGGAUAGCCACUGCGAGUGUAAUGAGCACUGGCUGGAGCCGCUACUGGAGCGGGUGGCCGAGGACAGGACUCGUGUCGUCUCACCCAUCAUCGAUGUCAUUAACAUGGACAAUUUCCAGUACGUGGGGGCCUCCGCAGACCUGAAGGGCGGCUUCGAUUGGAACCUGGUGUUCAAGUGGGAUUACAUGACACCUGAGCAGAGAAGGUCCCGGCAGGGGAACCCGGUCGCCCCUAUAAAGACCCCCAUGAUUGCUGGUGGGCUGUUUGUGAUGGACAAGCUCUACUUUGAAGAGCUGGGGAAGUACGACAUGAUGAUGGACGUGUGGGGCGGAGAGAACCUGGAGAUCUCCUUCCGGGUGUGGCAGUGUGGCGGCAGCCUGGAGAUCAUCCCCUGCAGUCGUGUGGGACAUGUGUUCCGAAAGCAGCACCCUUACACCUUCCCAGGUGGCAGUGGCACUGUCUUUGCCCGCAACACCCGCCGGGCGGCUGAGGUCUGGAUGGAUGAGUACAAGAACUUCUACUAUGCAGCAGUGCCUUCUGCCAGGAACGUCCCCUAUGGCAAUAUCCAGAGCAGACUGGAGCUCAGGAACAAACUGAACUGCAGACCCUUCAAGUGGUACCUUGAGAAUGUCUACCCAGAGCUGAGGGUCCCAGAUCACCAGGACAUAGCUUUUGGGGCCUUGCAGCAGGGAACCAACUGCCUUGACACUUUGGGACAUUUUGCUGAUGGCGUCGUUGGAAUUUAUGAGUGUCACAAUGCUGGGGGAAACCAGGAAUGGGCCUUGACGAAGGAGAAGUCGGUGAAGCACAUGGACCUCUGCCUCACCGUGGUGGACCGGGCACCCGGCUCGCUCAUCAAGCUGCAGGGCUGCCGGGAGAACGACAGCAGACAGAAGUGGGAGCAGAUCGAGGGCAAUUCCAAGCUGCGGCACGUGGGCAGCAACCUGUGCCUGGACAGCCGCACAGCCAAGAGCGGGGGCCUGAGCGUGGAGGUAUGCGGCCCUGCCCUCUCGCAGCAGUGGAAGUUCUCGCUCAACCUGCAGCCGUAGGGCCAGCGCUGCCGUCCUGCCUCCUGCGCCACCGGCCAAGUUUGGUGAUCACAUUAUUGAUUAUGUUUCUUAAACUUUCCACGAAACUAUAUACCUCAGUAUUCCAUCAUGGUCUGAAAGUUGGAGAACCCAGCAAGGCGUGGGCUGUGCCCAUGUGGCAGCAGGAAAGGAGAGCUGUGCCCCACCCCCCCUGGGCCAGCCACCCGCUCCCGCCCACUGUGCUCCCCACUUGCUGGGCAGCUGAGGAACAGUUGAGGCCGAGGCCAGGAGGAGCAGCUGAGUGGCGUGCACGCCAAGGACAGAAGGGGAGGGCGCAGUGCGCGGGGAGGACUCUGCGCCUGCACCUGUCCCACCGGCCACGUGGUGUCCGCAGAGCUGACUCCAGUGGCAGGCUUUGUGGCCGUGCCCGCCCUGCCUCCCCUCUUCACUGACGUGCUUGCUGUAUCUGAACAUGAACUUUCCGUGGUGGGACACUAAAUAUAACAUACAUGAGAAAGAGCGUGCAGCCGGCUCCCUGUGGUCUCCCUGGGUCGUCAUCUGGUCACCCGCAGGAGGGCCGAUGCUCCUGGAAGGAGCAGGUGGCUGCCUUUGUCCCCUGGAACUUCAUCAGCCCAUAGGUGCUCUGGUGGCCCAUGGGGCCCCCAGUCCCUAUCCCAGGGCCCCUCGGGUGGCCUCCAGUUGGGGACUCAGCGUGUUGGGAACCUGCUUUUCAUCUGUCAGUGUCUGUGAACCUGGACAGGUUACUUAUUUUGGCAAGAGUGCUUUGGGUUUUUUUAAUUAAAUUUUUUUUGUUAAGGGGAAAAACAGCCCAAUUCUGUGUCUCCCAGUGUGAGCCAGCAGUACCCCCUCCACAUGGCAGGCAGGUCAGAGACGCUGGACAGCAUUGUGCACCAGCUCUGGGCUCCUGCUGACUCGAGGCCUGUAUGCCAGGCCCUCGGGGCUCCCUGAGCUGCACACUCAGCCUGCAGGUGAACCUGGAGCCCUGGUGUGCCUGCUGCACCCAGUGUACCCCAUGUUUCCCGCAGCAUGGCUGCCUCGGGCCUUUGGGUGGGGCUGGGUGGAUUCAAAACCAAGCCACACCGCACACUUGGGAGGCUUGGGUGAGUGGCAGGGGCCUGUGUCCCGUGCAGUCUCCAAGGCUGGUGUCAGUGGGGAGGGGAGAACACCAGGCCUCUGCCUCUCGCUUGGAAACACUGCCUAGAACCCGCUGCCUCCUGUGCCCCAGUCUUGACAGCCCAUCCCCUGUGGGUAUGGCCACUGCCUAUCUCCCCUGCCCUCCCACAAGGGCACCUUGGCUCCUGGUGCCUCAUGUGCGCACAUCAGGCCCCUCUGGGGCCUGUGGAGGCCGGGAGCUGAGGUGCUGAAGGCUGCCAGUGCACACCCGAGCUGUAGAAGAGGGAGCCCUGCUGGGCUCUGCCUCAGGAGCCUGCGGGUGUGCACGGUCCCAGGUCUCAUGCACGAGGGCCGGGCCAGGUGGCUGCUGCAUCUCCUUCCCUCCAGGUAGACGGUGUCUGUGUGACAGGUGACUCUGCACCUCUCCAAGCUUCGGUGUAGGACUGAGGGGAGCCGCUCCUAGGCGCAGGUGUGAGGCUGCUGAGCAGAACCACAGCACAGUCCGGGACCCCGCCUGUCCGGCACCGCCUUCCUCACCAGGUUCUGCUCUCACCCUGUUGCCGCAGCCCCUUUGGUCAGAAGGGCAGGCCAUAGAUGUGGGAUAGAUUGGGCUUGCCAGGGAUGCCUGCACCCAUGCCAUCCUGAUCACCUGUGCACCAUGCUGCCUGGCCACCCAGGGUGCCAGCCCUGUGCCCCGGGCCGCCGGGAGCAGAGGUGGCUGAGCCGGCUCUCCAGAGGAGCUGUGUUUACAUGACGCAGUGUGCCAAAGUGACUUCCUGGGUGUGCCCUCCUCCCACUCCUCUUUACCCACCCCACCAUCCCCCCUCCGCCCUUGGGAAGCGCGAGGCAGCGUCUCUGCUGCGGUGGUCCUUGUGCCAUGCUGAAGCGAUGGUGUCUGUGAGUCUGUUUUGCAAAUUCAGAAUAUAGUUUGGUAAUUUUUUUCCAGUUGAUUUUUAAAAAGAACUGCUGUACAGAGCUUGUACUUUGUCCAUUUUAUAGAUGGAAACCAUCCUUGAGAUUGUUUAACUUAAAUAAAGAGAAGAUACUUUAUAGAUA